UCUCUCGCGAGAUCUGACAAGACUGCGCGCGAAGCAAACACGGCGAGGAUAAAGCAAGAUGGCGUCUGACGGUGAAGACGUUAUUGCAGUGUUCUUAAUCUGUGCGUCCAUGUACACAUAUAUGUCCUUUAUUACACUCUAUUCAUUAAUAACUGUUUGUAUAUUAGUUUGAGCGCACUUUGAUGCUAGCUUAGCUUGCUAGUUAGCUUAGCUUGUUAGCUGCUAACAAAGAAGUGAUGAAAAGACAUCGCUAAGCAGAGAUCAAGUGUGAGUGUAAAGUGUUGUGAUUGUGUGAAAAUGUGCGAAAGAACCAUAGCAGAGUACGAGGAGGAACUUUGUCCAACAAAAGAGGAGAAGGAGCGACAACAUCAAGUUGUGUUACACACAACAGACGUCCAGCAGCCCCUUCACAUUAAAGAGGAAGAGGAGGAUCCACAGCCCACCCACAUUAAAGAGGAAGAGGAUGAUCCACAGCCCACCCACAUUAAAGAGGAAGAUGAUGAUCUACAGCCCACCCACAUUAAAGAGGAAGAGGAUGAUCCACAGCCCACCUACAUUAAAGAGGAAGAGGAGGAUCCACAGCCCACCACCAUUAAAGAGGAAGAUGAUGAUCCACAGCCCACCUACAUUAAAGAGGAAGAGGAGGAUCCACACAUGAAAGAGGAAGAGGAGGAUGAUGUCAGCAAGUUUCCACUGACUGUUGUCUCUGUGAAGACUGAAGAGCAUGAAGACAAAGCACCUGAAUCCUCACAGCUUCAUCACAGUACACAGGUGUUCAGGUACACAGGUACACAGGUGUUCAGGUACACAGGUGUUCAGGUGCACAGGUGCGACCGUGGAGGAGGAAGUGACGUCACCAUCAGCAGCUGA